AUGGACGUUGCGGAGAUCCUGUUUUGCGCACUCAUGGUCGUCAUCAUCGUGGUGAGUUUAUUGUCCAACGUUCUGGUUCUCGUUUGCUUUUUGUACAACCCGGAGAUCCGCAGACAAGCGCCGGGACUGUUCACGCUGAACCUGACGUGCUGUAACGUGCUCCUGUCCGUGUCCAACAUGCCGCUGACGCUCGCGGGGGUCGUGAGCGCGGCGCAGCCGGGGGGAGACGCGCUGUGCCAAACGGCGGGCUUUUUGGAGACGUUUUUAUCCACGAGCUCCAUGUUGAGCAUGGCCGCGCUGAGCAUCGACCGGUGGGUGGCCGUGGUGUUCCCGUUACGGUACCACUCCAGGAUGAGACACCGGGACGCGCUGCUCGUGCUCGGCUACGCGUGGACACACUCCGCGUCCUUCUCCACGGCCGCCGCGUGCCUGUCGCUCGUGGGGUAUCACCGGGUGUUCGCCUCGUGCACGCUGCUGGUGAGCCCCGGAGCGCACGUGAGCGGGCGCGCGCAGCUGGUCGCGUUCACGGUGCUGUUCCACGCGUGCACGUUCCUGCUCUCGUGCGUGGUGCUGUGCGUGACGUAUCUCAAGGUGCUCAAAGUGGCGCGCGUGCACUGUAAGAGGAUCGACGUCAUCACCAUGCAGACGCUCGUGCUGCUCGUGGACAUUCACCCCAGUGUGCGUGAGCGUUGUCUGGAGGAGCAGAGGAGGAGGAAGCAGAGAGCCACGAAGAAGAUCAGCACCUUCAUCGGAACCUUCAUGAUCUGCUUCACUCCGUACGUCAUCACCAGGCUGGUGGAGCUGUUCCCGGCCGCGCACGUACCCCCCCGCUGGGCGCUCUUCUCUAAACUCUUGUUCUACAGUAAAGCCGCCUGCGACCCCUUCGUGUACUCUCUGCUCCGACGCCAGUACAGACAGACCUGCGCCGACCUCCUCAACCGACUCCUCAAACCGAGCUCGCAUCGCCGCGGCAACGGGACGCCCCACCGCCACGGCAACAGGAUCCCCGCCGCAGACUGA